UACCAGACUCGCCACAGGACAUGAUGCUCUUAUAUGCGAGCUCAGAGUUGUUAGUACCGAGGUCUGCGCUGCUGCGGGGAGAUACCAACCUUGGGAUAUCGUGAUGUGUAUUGUGGUCAAGGUUUGGCCACAUCUUGAAUAUCGCUUUUGGGAGUUGAAGUUGGCAAAGUUUCAUCGGCACCAAGGCGGCGUGGAAAGGGGAGCCCGAUCUGUCAAUGUAACACUACUUUAUGAAGCAAGGCUUCAACGAUGAUCGCCCUCCUGCAAGCCCGAAUCUACAGAUAUAAUUAUUUGUUCUUCCCAUUCCACAUCCCUCGAUUUUCCCAGCUCCGAGUCUUCAAGACAAGCUAUGUCCAGCCCGGGACGGAGUGCCGAGGUUGUGGUCCGAAUGAGGCAACCCCGGAAGCCCAGUUCCGAACCAACGGUCCUUCAUCGCGCGCCAUUGCAACGCUACCCGGUUUCAUCUUGUGAUCUUAUUUCGCGAACCGAGUUUCCACCUCCCGCUUGGCCCUGCUUGUCUAACACGGCGUAACAUCCCGAAUUCGCUACUCCUUCUAGAAUGACCAGAACUAAGAUGAAGUGUACGCGAAGAAGGGCCGUCAACCCCUUGGCCUUGCCGUCGGGGAGUUCAAGGCAAGUAGGGUAGAGAUAUAAACAUGACCGAAGCACCAAGCCUUUGAUCACCAGUCUUGUCCCAACGACAAUCCUUCUCUCGUCAAUACCUCUACCCACAAUGCGCGUGCUAGCAUUCAUCCCCGUUCUCGCGGCUGUCGCCUCCGCUGGUUGCACCCGCCGCAGCUCACAAAAGCCAGCCCCUACUGGAACCGUCCAAGGCGAAGGCGCCGCCUGGUCCCAAUGCGGCGGCGUAGGCUGGGCCGGUGCGACUAGUUGCGUCUCCGGCUACACUUGCAGCAAGAUCAACGAUUACUACUCCCAGUGCAUCCCAGGAUCUGCCACCGCCGCUCCUGUGACCACCACUCUCAAAUCCUCGAGCGCCCCAACCUCCAUCCGCUCAACGACCACGUCCUCUUCGAGCUCCACUCCUGUAGCCACCACUCUCAAAACCUCCGAGUCGACCGUCCCGACUUCCGUCAGCUCAACGACCCUCGAAUCUUCCACUGGCACCCCCUCCGCCACAACUGUUCCUUCCAAUCCAAACCCGACCGUCCUGGAAUCAGGCUGGUAUUGGAUCCGUGCCGUCGCCGCUCCCAACUUCCACAAGUACCUUCAAGGUGGCGCCUCUUCGGCUGCUUCGUCCAACCAGACCGCCCUCCUCGAAGACCACACCACCGCGGGCCAAUUCAACAUCAUCGACGGCCAACUUGUGUUCAACACCAAGCCUGCUCAGCUUUACCUCAACGUUGAGAACCCUACCGAUAAGACACAGAGGAAGCUCAAGACCUGGUUUAGCACAACGAAGAACGCCUAUGGCACGUUCAAGUUCCAGGGCGAUACCCUGACGUGGUCAGUGGCGGAUAUCAAGAGGCAGAACGAAGCCGCUUGGUUGGUGUGCACGGGGCAGGAGGUCUUCAUCAACACGGGCGCGUACUUGUAUCAGACGCCGGCUGGGUGCUCGGAUCAGACUAUCCACUCGUAUGGUGGCUCGACUGCUAAUGUCUAAGAGGUUGAACAUUGGACUCCAAUGGACUGCAAGUGGAAUGUCAGUUAGUCUAUAUCGGAUGAGAAGACGAGGUAUAGGCAGACCUAGAGGUAUUGGCACAUGCUGCAAGCCAAUUUUCGUUGUACAUAUUUACAGUUAUACAUGCACAUAUCACCACUACCUCUACGUAAGAUACCUGUCCGUCUAUCAAGUUGUUACUGGCAAUUAAACCUACAACUCCAAUGUCCCCUUCUUGGACCUGCAAGUGCGGCCA